UUCCUUGACAACCACAUACCCUAAAACGUGUGUGUUUGUGUGUGUGAGAGGAAGAGGAAUCUAGAGACAGGGAGAGAGAUUAUGGAGUUGAAAGAUGAGAUGAAUAACCUCAUCAAAGUAUCAUUCUAUGCAUAUAUUUCACUUUUGUAUUGCUUUUUUGUAGGCAAGAUUAUCCCAAAAGGUGUCCCCAGACUCCUCACCAUCCUUCCUGUUGUCAUCUUCUUCCUCUCCAUCCCCCUCUUUCUAACCUCUGUUCACUCCAUUGGAGCUAUUUCCUUCUACAUUUCAUGGCUUGCAAACUUCAAGCUCCUCCUUUUUGCCUUCGAAAAAGGUCCCCUUUCUUCACCAUCCAUCCCACUCUUCCGCUUCUUUGCAAUGGCUUGUUUCCCCAUCGAUGUAAGUCAAACCAGCAAAGGGUUUUCCAAGCCCAAAAACUUCAGCACAAAGUCUGUGAUCAGCUAUGGUACAAAGGGUCUUCUUCUUGCCUUUUUACUUAGGGUUUAUCAUAAUCAUCAUGAGGUUAUGAACCCGAUGGUGGCAUGGUGCUUCUUUGGGUUCUCCGUUUACUUAAUGCUAGAGCUUUUGGUUGCCAUAAGCUCAGCCAUCAUCGGGUUGUUUCUUAGGGUGGAGCUCGACCCUCAGUUUGACAAACCCUAUCUCGCCACAUCCCUACAGGACUUCUGGGGACGACGGUGGAAUGUGAUGGUCAACCGCAUCCUUCAUCCAACCGUAUAUGACCCGAUGCUUAAACUAUCGGUUCGAGUUGUUGGUCGAUUGUGGGCUCCAGUUCCAGCCAUCCUGACCACAUUCGCAGUUUCCGGGCUCAUGCACGAGCUAAUCUUCUUUUACUUCACUAGGGCUUGGCCCACUGGGGAGGUGAUGCUUUUCUUUUGUCUGCACGGGGUUUGUUUGGUCAUGGAGGUAGUAAUAAAGAAAGCACUUAGAGUGAAACGGAAUUUGCCACGUCAGCUAACGGCACCAUUAGUUGUGUCGUUUGUGUUGGCAACAUCUUAUUGGUUGUUUCUCCCUGAAUUACUGAGGUGUAAUAUGGUCGAAAGAGCGUUCGAAGAGUACGGGAUGGUGAGUGAGUUAGCGAUGGAUGUUGUUCGGACACCCCCGGUGUUCUUGAAGUUUAAGGAGUAGAUUCGUAUGGCGAUAAUGUCACCUCAUGACGUUGACGUUCGAAUGGUAUAAGUAUUUAAACUAUGUGUCUUUCUUGUAACGUACGUGCAAUGUUUGGUGCCGGUUUUCGGGAAAUUACAAGUCGCUACAUAGUGUUACGUACA